UCCAUCUCUCGCCCGUUGCCCGUGAUCUGUAUCAGACGGUAGCUGACUAUUUUUUUUUUUUUUUUUUAAAUAAAACACAUUUUUUAUGAUGGCGGAGGACAGUGAAUCCGCGGCCAGUCAGCAGAGCCUGGAGCUCGACGACCAGGAUACCUGCGGGAUAGACGGAGACAACGAGGAGGAGAAUGAGCACAUGCAGGGGAGUCCGGGCGGAGAUUUGGGGGCCAAGAGGAAGAAGAAGAAGCAGAAGAGGAAGAAAGAGAAGCCAAGCUCUGGGGGAGCCAAGUCGGACUCUGCCUCUGACUCUCAGGAGAUCAAGAAUCCUGGCUUGCCCAUUCAGAAGCUGCAGGACAUCCAAAGAGCCAUGGAGCUGCUGUCCUGCCAGGGUCCAGCAAAGAACAUUGACGAGGCAGCCAAGCACAAGUACCAGUUCUGGGACACACAGCCAGUUCCCAAAUUAAAUGAGGUGGUGACGAGUCACGGGCCAAUUGAAGCUGAUAAAGAGAAUAUCCGACAGGAGCCAUAUUCCUUACCUCAAGGUUUCAUGUGGGACACUCUGGAUCUCAGCAAUGCAGAUGUACUGAAGGAGCUUUACACAUUAUUAAAUGAGAACUAUGUGGAGGACGACGAUAACAUGUUCAGAUUUGAUUAUUCACCAAACUUUCUCAAAUGGGCUCUACGUCCACCUGGUUGGUUACCUCAGUGGCAUUGCGGAGUGAGAGUGUCCUCAAAUAAGAAGCUUGUUGGGUUCAUCAGUGCCAUUCCUGCAGAUAUACGCAUUUAUGACACGCUGAAGAAGAUGGUUGAAAUCAACUUCCUGUGUGUUCACAAGAAGCUGCGUUCAAAGCGUGUUGCUCCAGUGCUAAUCAGAGAGAUCACACGGCGAGUGAACUUGGAAGGGAUAUUUCAGGCGGUGUACACAGCAGGAGUUGUACUGCCUAAGCCUGUUUCCACAUGCAGGUAUUGGCAUCGUUCUCUGAACCCCAGAAAGCUUGUGGAAGUUAAAUUCUCCCACCUGAGCAGAAACAUGACUCUGCAAAGGACCAUGAAACUCUACAGACUACCAGAUAGCAUCAAGACUCCAGGUCUGCGGUCGAUGGAGAGGCGUGACAUCCGCCAGGUCACUGAGCUGCUACAGAAAUACCUGAGACGUUUCCAACUUGCACCAUCUAUGGGAGAAGAGGAGGUGGCUCACUGGUUCCUGCCACAGGACAACAUAAUUGACACAUAUGUAGUCGAGGGUGCUGGCGGUGUUCUGACAGAUUUCACUAGUUUCUAUACUCUGCCCUCUACUGUGAUGCAUCACCCUCUCCAUAGGAGCCUGAAGGCUGCGUACUCUUUUUACAACGUUCACACACAAACCCCACUACUGGACUUAAUGAAUGAUGCACUGAUCCUGGCCAAACUGAAAGGUUUUGACGUGUUCAACGCCUUGGAUCUAAUGGAGAAUAAGAUGUUUCUGGAGAAGCUCAAGUUUGGCAUUGGAGAUGGAAAUCUGCAGUAUUACCUCUACAACUGGAGAUGUCCCCCUAUGGACCCUGAUAAGGUUGGCCUCGUCCUUCAGUAGCGAGUCUCUUCAUGGCUGCUACACACACACUGAUCAAGAGGUCGUCAGCGACCUCUCGCUGUUCUGUACCUGGACACACAGGUAGCCCAAGCUAGACAAUGAGAACUACAACAGUUAAACCAACCUGGUGACCGGGUAACUCGCCUUGCUCGAAGCGGGUCCCCCGGCACUUGUGUCAUCAAGAACAUUCUCAGCUCACCUGGAGGUGAAAACUCUUAAAAUCAUCAACAUCCUGAAUGUGAAGUCAUGCUAUGCCUGAGAUACUCCUACAGUACAACGCUCUUGACAUGCACACUUGCAUUUAAAACACACCAGUUUGACAUACAAGAGGAUGCCUUGUCAUUGUGAGUUUUGUUUAGUUCUUCCUCGUUACAAGGGACCGGCAUGUCAUUUCAUUUCACUGACGUGGAUCUAUGUAAAUGAUAAUCAAUAAGUAAACAUGACCAGAUACAAUUUGCAACUUUUCUCCUGUCUGAACGAUUAUUAUUGUAUCCACACUACAAAGGCAGUUGAAUUAUUAUUUCAACCACCUCGUAUCAUUUCUGUGGUCAGAAGUGUCUCUGCUGAGAGCUUUGAUGAGAUAUUCAGUCUCAGUGGAAUUAGAUGAUAUUAAGAUGAUGUUUCUUGGAUAGCAGCUUAUAAAGGAAGAAACAUUUUUCCUUCAAACAUUCUGGAUAAAAAUAUCUUUUAAAAGUCAAACUAUAAACAUCUUCACGCACACAUACAAACACUGUCAAAUAACAUGUACAAAAAGGAUAUCUUCAUGGAAGGACUCAUCCAACCGGUGCAUUGAUAUACACGUUUUUGUUAAAAAAUAUAUAGUUACCUGUACAUUUAAAGCCAGAUCAUAUUUAUUCCUGUAGUGUGAGUUUGGGGUUUGGGAGGGCUGAUCCAAAGUAUUUUCCUCAUGAGUAGUGUAGAUGUCACUGAGUUCUUUCGGAC